AUGCCGCCCGAACCCUCGUCAACGGAGCAGAGGCAGUUUGCGCACCCGAGCGCAGGCCACGCCAAGAAGAAACUUCCGAGUCCGUAUGCCGUCGAACCCAUCCGAGCCUUUUACAGCUUCCUCGCAGCCAACCUCGUCUCGGCCGUGUUUGCGCCCAUCCAGGACUGCGACGAAACAUUCAACUACUGGGAGCCCACGCACUACCUAUCGCACGGGUAUGGACUGCAGACGUGGGAGUACUCGCCUGACUAUGCCAUCCGCAGCUGGGCGUACGUGGGCCUGCACGCCCUCGCGGGGAACUUCAGGCGUCUCCUGCCGCAGUCGAACAAGGUUAACGAGUUCUACUUUGUUCGGUACUGCCUCGCCCUUGUCUGCGCCCUCUGCCAAACCCUCAUGUACCUGUCCAUGAGCACCACCAUCAACAGCCGCAUAGGCUUCUUCUUCCUCAUCGCCACCGUCACCAGCCCCGGCAACUUCCACGCUAGCACCGCCUUCCUCCCCUCCAGCUUCGCCAUGCCCAUGUGCAUGCUGGGUGCGGCUGCCUUUAUGAACUGGCGCGGCGGACUCAAGACGGCCUACGGCAUCUUCUGGUUUGCCGUGGCUGGUGUUCUCGGAUGGCCCUUUGCCGCGGCUCUCUGCACGCCCUUUGUCCUGGAGGAGGCUGUCCUCUUUUUCUUUGGCGACAAGACAGCCAUGUACGAGUCCUUCCUUCGCCUGACCCAGGGUGUGGUUGCUGGCUUGCUUGUUGUGUUCUUUGACUUUUGCAUCAACCUCUUCUUCUACAAGAAGCCCGUUAGUGCUGCCUUGAACAUUGUUAUAUACAACAUCUUCUCGUCCAACGGAGGCCCCGAGCUGUACGGUGUCGAGCCGUGGCACUUCUACUUCAAAAAUCUGAUGCUCAACUUCAACAUCUGGUUCAUCCUAGCCCUCCUCUCCCUGCCGCUUUUUCUUCUGCAGAAGCUGCUGGCCCCCUCGAGCCAGGGGUUCAAGUCUGGGCUGCGUACUGUCGUGUUUGUCGCACCCUUUUACAUGUGGCUGGCCAUCUUCACGGCCCAACCCCACAAGGAGGAGCGCUUCAUGUACCCGGCGUACCCGUUCCUAGCCCUGAACGCGUCGCUGUCCCUGCACAUCAUCCUGACGGCUCUGGGGAACACGGACCCCAAGAGUCUCGCCGGCAAAAUCCCCACCCGCCUCAAGCUCCUCAGCGUGGGGUCGGUUCUCGGUCUGUCCGCCCUGGUUGGCCUGGCCCGCAUCUACGGCAUAUACUCGGCGUACGGUGCUCCUCUGGCCGUUUACGAGCCCUUGUGGACGGCCACCACUGAUGGGCAGGAACCCGUCGGCCGCGAAGGCGACCUGGUCUGCUUUGGAAAAGAAUGGUACCGCUUCCCGUCGUCGUACUUUCUGCCGCGGGACAUGCACGCCAAGUUUGUGCGGUCCGAGUUCCGAGGCCUCCUGCCCGGCGAGUUUUCGGAGGCGCGCACAGGCUUCGGGUUCUGGAGCGGCACAUGGCUCCCGACGAGCGGCUUCAACGACCGCAACGAGGAGGACGCGAGCAAGUACGUGGACGUGCGAACCUGUUCGUUUCUCGUGGACACGCAGUACCCCUCGCGGACAGACCCCUUGCCGCCCAACGAGCCCGACUACAUCUCAGACCAGGAGAACUGGGACGUGGUGCACUGCGAGCCGUUCCUCGACGCGGCCGAGACGCACCUCCUCGCGCGGACGCUGUGGGUGCCCGAUCUGAGCAUUGUGCCAGAAAAAUUCAGGCGCAAGUGGGGUCGGCACUGUCUGCUACAGAGGAAGAAGGGACAUGCCUGA